UUUGGAGAGGCGACUGGAGACGUUAUUCAUCAAUUCAAAGUCAUUGUCUAAUAUUGUGAAAAGAGAAGCAGCACAAAUGAAUCUUUCACUGUCCCAAACUAGCACAAAUGAAGCAAACGGUACAUUUUAGGCUGAAUUUAGAGCAGUUGGUGGAGCUGAAAAACAAAUCACAAAGUCCAACAUUAUUUUAACAUCUGAAAAACCAAAGCAGCACAGAUGGAUUUUCCCUCCCGAAUGUUUCAAACUAUUUUGCUGUUUAGAGUUGGGUUUGGGCUCCUCCUGUUGUCCUCGGCGGAGCGGUGUGGUGCACAGGUGUCGCUCAUUACCACUCACACCAGCGGCCUAUAAAUAUGAAUCAGUAAAGACUACAAGCACCGUUGUGGGCGGCAGCAGAAUCAUGCGCUCUCUCAGUUUAUUGUUUACCUUGGUGUUUCUGAACUCCAUCCUGCUGAUAUCUGCAGAUGAUUACUGUAAGAGGUCUACUGACAUAGCAACUGCGUGUGAGCACUCUGUCCUGGAUCUGUCCUGUCCAGAUCAUACUGUGAUUAAGAUCCUUGCUGCAAACUAUGGACGUACAGAAAGAAGAAGCUGCCGCAACCGUCCAUAUGGGCAGCUCCGAGACACCCACUGCUAUACACCAAACGCUGUCUUCAUAGUGGGAAGACGCUGUAACUGGAGAAAGCGCUGCUCUGUACCAGCCACCAACAGUGUGUUCUCUGAUCCUUGUGUCGGCACAUACAAGUACCUGAGAGUCAAAUACUGCUGCAGGCGUCGUAGGGGCUAAUCUUGUGGAUCUGGAUUUGUCAUCUCAACAUUGGCUGGACCAAAAAGAAACCUUUAAUGCUUCACAUAUGAAGAUCAAUCAUGGGUUUUAUUAAAAUAAUUCCCAAAAACUUGUUUUAGUUGAAGCGUGACAACAUUGGCUUACUGUAGUUUAUAAUGGCAUCUAUGAGUUUCUUUUCCUAGUUAAUCCUGUCGUCCAUAUGUUGUGUUGGGAGUUUUCAUGAAAUAAACGCCCUUCAGAACGUG